AGUAUCUGUCACUUUGACAGUUGUCAAAAUAUGGUCAAAAUUUGACAAAUUAUUAUUUGUGGCUUGUCAUCCCAAAAUAACAAUAAUUUAUUUGCGAUUAUGUUUGUUCAUCGUUAAGUAGAAAAUACAAAAAGUGUGUGUUAAAAAUGGCAGACUACUUUCAAGAAAUGGGGUGGCAGCCCCUUUCAGAUGGUCAGGCCCCCAACCACUUGCUACAUUUUGCUCGUUUAUUUCGUGAUUACAACAUAUUUGACGAGUCUUUAACCCAGACGUUAGCACCCCCGGCUUCAAAAAGUGUUGUGGAAAAUUUACCAAGCAUUACUAUCAAUGAACAAGGAGUAAAAUGCCCUGUGUGUCUCAAGGAGCAUGGAGAAGGUGAAACAGUGAAGAAAAUGCCUUGUAAUCAUACUUUUCAUGCUGAAUGUAUAUUGCCAUGGCUGGAAAAGACUAAUUCGUGCCCUUUAUGUCGUUUUGAAUUGGCUACUGAUGAUGAAGAUUAUGAAGCUUUCCGUAAAGAAAAACUUCGCGCCAAGGCGAGGGAGGCAGAUAUUGAAAUAUUGCACAAUUCAAUGUUUUCAUGAUAAUUCUUUUUUUUUUUCUUUACAUUUAAUUGGUAGGUAAUGGUUGUGUAUUUGAAUGAAUUUAUUUAAUAAUUGUGCAAAAUGCAAAACGUUCAAGAAAAUAUGAUUCCGA